AUGAAUUCCUUCCUGGGUGCUUUCAUCACUCAAUCGUUUGGCGAUGUCGCUUUCCACGACGACGACGGAUUCUCACGAGCUGUUCAAGUACUCACGCGCGCGCAACGCGGGACCCAGCGAGGCCGGCAGACGUUCAGUACCCCGAUCAUACGCCUGACGAUUGAAGACACCAAGGCACCCGACGGCCGUCUUCACUCUUUCAGAGUCAAAAUCAUGUGGAUAUGCCCUCUCGGACGAGAUGCGAUGGACGCAGAUCAGCAAGAGAUCGGAUUUGAAGACUUGGACUUUGUCGUGUAG